GCGCAGUUUGCCCUUAAAAGCGGCGUGUGCCACUUAGCGAUUCGAGGCGACUGUUUGAAUGCGGGUGAAAUUCGGGCCACCGUGGAGAAUGAUGAAUGCAAACUGCAUCAACAACUCGACCCUCUGGCGGACCUUCACGCCAGACUGUGAGACUGGGUGCAGCUCGCAAACAUAUCCACACAUGGCCCGUUGCGGAUGAUCCUUUGCGAUCAAUGCCUCGAUUAUGGCGGUCGGAAGGCCAGCGCCCGGCAUAUGGAUCGCAGCGCAGGCUUUCUUCAUUGCCUCUAUCCUCGUUGUCUUCACAACGGCCACUUCUUCAACGAUAGCAACGGCUACAUGCCCCUUUCGUACGGUUAAUUAUAUCACUCACAGCCUUCCUCAGCAAUGCCUGCCAUCUUCUCGCAAAGCCAAUGCAACAUCGAGCGUGACUGAGGCCACCAGCUACAUUGACCCAGAAUCAGCCUCCAUCCCUCAUGCCUCAGACCGACAUGCUAAUACCACAGAAGUGGUCCUGACCACUUCUACAACCUCGCUGUCAUUGGAGUUCACCUCCACCUCAAGCGAGGAUGCCACCAUUACCGGAGAGCCGGCACAAUCAGUCUCAAGUCCCCCCUUGCCUGAAUCAACCAUGUCGUCCGCUGGAGCAAGUGUGGGUUCUACCGAUGAUGAGUCGCCGCUUGAAGAUGGGAAGUUCUUGUCAUUCGAGGACUGGAAGCGAGAGAAUUUGAAAAAGGCUGGACAGUCGGAACAUGUAGGCAAAGGCCACGGCCUUGAUCGAGACACGAGGAAGCGGCCCAAUAUCGUGCAGGAAUCACUCGAUGCUCUUGGAGACGACGCCGAGAUCGAUAUUGAUUUCUCUGGGUUCGUCUCUGAUAGCCUGGAGUCUGUCGCCCCAGGGCAAUCGCAAAGCAACCACAAGCUUGAUGAAACGCCUUCCGAUGUCAAGCCUGGCUCUGCCCCAAGAGCUGGCGUAAGGAAGAAAGAUGCUGGGACCACUUGUAAGGAGAGAUUCAACUACGCCUCGUUCGACUGCGCGGCCAGUGUCCUAAAGACAAAUCCUGAAGCAAAAAGCCCUUCAGCCGUGCUCGGGAAAAACAAAGAUUCCUACAUGCUCAACGAAUGCUCUGCGCAGAACAAGUUCUUGAUUUUGGAACUUUGCGAUGAUAUCGCUAUCGAUACUAUUGUUCUGGCCAAUUUCGAGUUCUUCAGCUCAACCUUUCGAACCUUCAGGGUCAGCGUAUCCGAUAAGUACCCUGUCAAAAUUGAUAAGUGGAAAACGUUAGGAACAUUCGAGGCGCGCAACUCCCGCGAUGUGCAAGCUUUCCUAGUCGAGAACCCUGUCAUCUGGGCACGGUAUCUGCGCAUUGAAUUCCUGACCCACUACGGCAAUGAAUACUAUUGUCCGCUCAGUCUAGUGCGCGUACAUGGAACUACCAUGCUGGAGGAUUAUAAGCAUGACCUGGAGUCCCUGCAGAUGGAGGAGGACGACGUUGAGUCCCAGGACAGUGGAGAGUCUUUGGCGAUGGAUGAACUCAUUCCAGAGGCGGUGGCUGAGCCGUUAUUGAAGGUUACUUCUGAAGCCUCUCUCUCAAACCCUCCGGUAGUCGAAACCUCAGACCUGGGACCGUCCGACUCAUUUCCAAUCAAGCCAGAAACUCCUAGUGUGAUCCACAUUCCUUCGACCACGUCCAUGAUGAUGCCGAUGCCAACCUCCUCAGCCAACUUUUCAGUCCCGUUCGAUGAACCGAGUAUGAAUGAAGAGGCGUACGGAGUGUGCAAAAGUGUCGACAACCCUACCACCAUCGAGCCCGAGGAACUCCAACCCGCGGCGACAGAUCAGACCACAAACGUCGUGGUAGUGACAUCCACAUCUAUGCCUACAACCACUGAGACGGCUGGCAACAGUCAGCAUACGACAUCCACAGCACCUGCGAGCAACUCGACGACGACAUUCGCUGACACGCAGAUCUCCUCGUCCAUCCCUGAUGUUGCCAACAACUCCAGCAUAAGUAAAGACCCAACAGUUACUGCAGUCAAUAAUAGCAUGAAACCGGCUUCAUCUACGACACAAGCCACAGCGGCCGCUCCAACAAUACAGGAGUCCUUUUUCAAAUCUGUGCAAAAGCGCCUGCAAAUGUUAGAGGCCAAUUCUUCUCUUUCGCUGCAGUAUAUUGAAGAGCAAUCUCGUGCUCUUCGGGACGCAUUCCAGAAAGUUGACCAGCGGCAGAUGGCUAAGACCACGUCGUUUUUGGAAUAUUUGAACACAACAGUCCUGAACGAACUGCGGGACUUCCGGCAGCAAUAUGAUCAGCUUUGGCAAUCUACUGUUAUCGAGCUUGAAUUGCAGCGGGAACGGUAUCAGCAAGAGAACCUCGCCAUCAAUGCUCGUCUGGGUAUACUCGCAGACGAAGUCAUCUUUCAAAAGCGAAUGUCUAUUCUGCAAAUGAUCUUGAUCCUCAUCUGUCUAGGACUGGUCAUCUUUUCGCGAGGGUCUCUCAACAGCUACUUGGAAUUGCCUCUGGUCCAGAGCGUGUUAGCCAGAUCUCCCAGCUCUAAAUGGCUGAAUCUGCACAGCCUCGAGACGCCCUCCCACAGUCCGGGCCCUAGCAGAUCUCACUCUACUCGGGCAGAGCGUGUCCGUCAUGGAAUCCUGAAAGGGCAUCGGCGGUCAACUUCUGAAGAUUCCGUCACCGAUACCCUCAGCCCUUCCGACUUGUACUCACCUCCGACACCUGUCAGCUUUGACAGCCCUUCGGAAGAAGAGGAAGGGCUUGAUGAUGGCAACAGACUUGGUGAUCCGGAAUUCGAUCCGAGCCUCAUUGAAAGACCUGGUACAAGUCCACCAGUUCUGCCGGGAACAGAGACCCCUCCAAUGUCACAAUCCAAUGGCAAAAUUGGCCAUGACAUGGUUGACUCAGCCCUACUAAGCUCCUCACCAAGUCAAAUAGCAACCACAACACCAAGGGUGGUCGUCAACGAUGCUACCCCGCCUACCAAACGCCUGACCUGGCAACUACCGGAAACCUGGAAAGACCAUGGCGACUGAAAUAUUAUUAUAGAUGUUUACCCAGUAUUCGAUUUUGCGAUGGCUCUGUCGCCGCGUGUUAGACUACGCCGAGCAACGAACCAUCACAGCUCCCUCGGGGCGGGGGUCCGUCUACAGUGAGUCCUACGCACGUCACUGAUUGUUCGUAUGGAGGGAGAAGACCAAUGUUUAUGUUUAACGUGCACGUCGAAGCAAGGUCAUUGGUCUGCAUAGUUUCAGUCGCGGUGAACGAUUGUUUUGUCCAGCUCGCCAUGCUGGGCACGGCUCGGCAACGGAUACCAAGCGAAAGAAAGCCCAAUCUCUCCUCAAGCGUCGCCGACAUAGUCCAAUGAGAGGCAAUGUAUGCAGGCUAUCCUCGUCUCCCUCGUUCCCUCUUUUUGCAAGCGGCCAUCCAAAGAAUCCCCUUUGGGUAGUAUUGCUCGACAUGUUAAGCUUUCUUCAUUCGCUUCCCUUGAGUUGCAGGAAUACGAGCAAGACCGCAGCAUAUCUAGCGCGCACGCAGAGGACAAUCAAGAAGCUCAAGAUCGGGACGAAUUACGUUCCGGCGGCGGCGAGUAUAUCGCAAGGUUGGUGUGGCGGACCCGUGGCCAACAGUGCCACGAACAAGGUGAUCAACGGAGAAAUUGCUCCGAGUUGUAUCUUCUCCGUCUUGAGGCUAUUUAGAGCCCAGAGCGCAUAACCAAGAUGAUAACUCCGAACGUGAGGCGCAACGAAGUGUGCUAUGGAGUCUUGACAGGCAUUGCUCAGGCGUGGGCUAGGCUCCUUGUUGAAGAGUACAAUCAAGGUAUCUGCAACUGCAGCAAGGCGUAACUGCUUUGACUUUAAUUGUCUAUAUAUACUCUCUGGAUUCCAAACAAAAUGUAGUUGUACAAUGUACCAGGUACAAUCGUAAUCAGACGAGGCAGAGGCACCACAGGAAGCGGAGAAGAGGUAAAAGGUAAAAGGAACUCUUUUUGAAAAAGAGGAACAAAAAAACAAAAACAAUCGACAGCCAGGAUUCCCAAAUCGUCACCGACUUUAGUACUAACUGGCCGGCAUCGAGCUUAAGUACCGCUGAGCGAACGGGAAGCGCUGUUCUCUCGAUCCUAUGGUCGAUUGCGAGAGAAGAAUAUGUAGGUUU